AUGGCGGUAAAUCCAGAAUUAGCACCGUUUACACUCUCGAGAGGUAUUCCCAGUUCGGAUGAUCAAGCCUUAAACACCAUCAUACAGCUGCAGGACUGUAUACAGCAGGCCAUCCAGCAGCUGAACUAUAGCUCUGCGGAGUUUUUAGCCGAGUUGCUAUACGCUGAAUGCUCUAUAUUGGACAGAUCAAAUGUUUACUGGUCAGAGGCAGUUUAUCUGUACGUGCUUUCCCUGUAUUUAAAUAAAAACUAUCAUACUGCAUUUCAGAUAUCCAAGGAAUUUAAAGAGUACCAUCUCGGUACCGCUUUCAUAUUCGGUCGUUGCGCUUUACAGCUUUCGCAAGGACUGAACGAAGCUAUACUUGCGAUUCUAUCGAUAACGAACGCAUUUUCUUCGAACACUGGUAACAAUAAUAACGCGCAUGUAAAUGCUGUGCUGAAUUCUAAUCUCAUCAAUAUUCCUGAUUUGGCCACUUUGAACUGCUUGCUGGGCAAUCUUUACAUGAAAUUAGACCAUUCCAAAGAAAGUGCGUUUUAUCAUUCUGAGGCAUUAGGGAUAAACCCUUAUCUCUGGGAGUCUUAUGAAGCUAUCUGUAAGAUGAGAGCUACCAUCGAUCUCAAAAGAGUGUUUUUCGACAUCACAAAGCAAAGAAACAAUAGUCAUAGCAAUAACGCUGCUUCAUCGUUACCAACCACAUCAUUAUCGCAUUUUGAACCUCGUUCACAACCAAGCUUAUAUUCAAAAACAACUAAAAAUAAUAACAAUAAUAAUAAUAACACUAAUAAUAACACUAAUAAUAACAAUAAUAAUACACCAUUUCAAUCUUCAAAUUCUCCCCCUUCUACAUCAGCAUCUUCUUUUUCAUCAAUUCAGCAUUUCUCAAGGUCGCAGCAACAGCAACAGCAGUUGAACCCAUCAAUAAGGUCGUACCAAAACAAAAAUAUUCAGACGCCUAAAAACCCAACGAAUAAUAAUAAAGCGUCCUAUGCGUUACCAAAUAAUAUGUCCAUGAAUUUAGCAUCUCCCUCCUCUAAACAACCCACUAUAAGCUCACUGGCUAAAGUUUAUAACAGAAAUAAACUUUUAACAACUCCUCCAUCCAAAUUAUUGAGUAACGACAGAAACUAUCAAAAUAACAACAAUAUAAUGAACAAAACGACUUUCAAAACACCAAGAAACUUGUAUUCUUCAACUGGCAGAUUAACCGCUACGAAGAAAAAUUCAAGAUCUUUAAUAAUUAGUAACUCGAUUUUGACAAAUGAUUAUCCAAUUACGCUGCCUGAAAUUAUGUAUAACUUUGCCUUGAUAUUAAGAUCAUCUUCACAAUAUAAUUCGUUUAAAGCAAUUAGAUUGUUUGAGUCCCAGAUCCCUUCUCACAUUAAAGACACUAUGCCAUGGUGUUUAGUCCAAUUAGGGAAACUGCAUUUCGAAAUCAUUAACUAUGACAUGUCUUUAAAAUAUUUCAACAGAUUAAAAGAUCUACAACCUGCAAGAGUGAGAGAUAUGGAGAUUUAUUCCACGUUAUUAUGGCACUUACACGAUAAAGUAAAGUCCUCCAAUUUGGCAAACGGCCUGAUGGAUACGAUGCCUAAUAAACCUGAGACUUGGUGUUGUAUAGGCAAUUUGCUAUCCCUACAAAAGGACCAUGAUGCUGCAAUAAAAGCUUUCGAAAAAGCUACUCAAUUAGAUCCAAAUUUUGCGUAUGCUUAUACUUUGCAAGGCCAUGAGCAUUCUUCCAAUGAUUCUUCAGAUUCUGCCAAGACAUGUUAUAGAAAGGCGCUAGCAUGCGAUCCUCAACAUUAUAAUGCUUAUUAUGGGUUGGGUACAAGUUCUAUGAAAUUAGGUCAAUACGAAGAAGCUUUAUUAUAUUUUGAAAAAGCAAGAUCAAUCAAUCCUGUCAACGUAGUUUUGAUCUGUUGCUGUGGUGGUUCUUUAGAAAAACUAGGUUAUAAGGAAAAGGCAUUACAGUAUUAUGAACUAGCAUGCCAGUUACAACCGACCUCUUCGUUAUCUAAAUACAAAAUGGGUCAGUUGUUAUAUUCCAUGACGAGAUACAACGUUGCAUUACAAACAUUUGAAGAAUUGGUGAAAUUAGUCCCUGAUGAUGCCACUGCUCAUUAUUUAUUGGGGCAAACAUAUAGAAUAGUUGGUAGGAAAAAAGAUGCUGUAAAAGAACUAACCGUGGCUAUGAAUUUGGAUCCAAAGGGUAAUCAAGUUGUCAUUGAUGAAUUACAAAAAUGUCACAUGCAAGAAUAA